AUGUUGUUGCAAAGCCAACCUGACGUCAACACUCUGUUGCACAACAUGCAUGCACAGAUUUUGGCGUUGACUACACAACUCGCUGAGCUGCAGGUGAACCCCGCCGCAGCAACCCCCUCGGUUGAGAAAAAGUUUCACAAGAAAGUCAAAGUUGUCGCUGACCCUGGCGCCUUUGAAGGAGACAGAGAGCAAUUCACCGAGUGGUGGAUCAAACUCCAGAUUUGGGUCAAGGCAAACUGGGAUGCGUUUGCCGACAAUUUUGAGGAGUGCUACACUGCGGGAGUGUGGCUUGUCUGGGACGAUCUCAAAGUCGAGAACAAAAAAUAUUUCAAACCGCAAGCUGAGCGUGACUGGGCACGUCAGCAAAUCCGUUCCUUCAAGCAAGGCAACAUGAGGACAGACCAUUUCGUAACCUGGUUCCUGGCCCUCUCCAUCCAAGGGGGUUUAGGUAAUGAGCAUGCAGUAGAACUGCUGGAACGCAAUGUGAACCCCCACAUUACAGAACAGCUUUAUCUGCAGGAUAUGAGGAGUGACAACCUCUCCCAAUCAAAUCACUCUCACGGGUUGCAACCAGGACGGGGUGCUCCUAUAGAUAUUGGCGUGGUCCAGGGUGGACAAAAACGCAGAUUCACCUGCUUCAGCUGUGGACAGGAGGGGCACAUGGCCCGAGAUUGUACAAACAGAGUGCGGGCCACUCACCAAAAAAAUAACCAAGGGCGCCAGGCGCGCCAAUUAGAAACCGAAAAACCAGACAAUCAGCUUUACACUCUGGCCGGCCGGUCCUAUGAUGAAAUCCGGGCCUUCUUUUAUGACCAGCAGGUCAACAAAAUGAAGGCUCAGGGAAAAGAGUUCGGAGCUUAG